UCUCUCUCUCUCUCUCUACCUCUCUCUUUCUCUCUCUUCAUCUCUCGCUCCGUCUGUGUGCGUCAAUCACAGAUUCAGAGCAGGUUUGCACUCUUGCAUGGAUGGAUCCUUCAAACGCUUCACAGCAGGCCAUGUCUAGCCAGUCAAUCGAAGAUGUGUUGGGUUGCCCAAAACCACAGCAGGAGAGGAGACUCAGGCCACAACCAGAACACGCAUUAAAGUGCCCUAGAUGUGACUCCAGCAAUACCAAGUUCUGUUACUACAACAAUUACAGUCUCUCACAGCCUAGGUACUUCUGUAAGGCAUGUAGAAGAUAUUGGACCAAAGGAGGAUCACUGAGAAAUGUUCCAGUGGGUGGAGGUUGCAGGAAGAACAAGAGAUCUUCAUCAUCAUCAUCAUCAAAACGGAUGACUACACAAGACCAAUCUCUCACUGCAACAAACUCUAAUAACCCAAUCCAUACCCUCCCACCCUUUGCUUAUGACUCCAAUGACCUCAGCCUUGCCUUUGCUAGGCUUCAGAAACAACCCACCAGGCAGUUAGGCCUUGAUGACCAUGAGAAUUCUCUUUUGGGAAACCCUAAUAAUGCCAACCACUGUGACAUCCUUGGAAACCCUGAUACCACCACCACCACCACUACAGGUCCUGGUUUUCUUGAUGCUCUUAGGAGUGGGUUUCUUGAUACUUCCUUAAAUGGGUUUCAUCAUAAUUACUACUAUGGGUUUGGGAAUGGAAACCUGGGAGACUUAGAAGGUGGCGGUGCCGCCAGCUGCGGAGGCGGUGGUAGUGUCGGUGGUGGUGAGAUGGUGUUCCCUUAUGAGGAAACAGCAACAACUGCAACAGUAACAACGAUCAAACAAGAGUAUCACAGAGGUAAAGAUGGAGAGAAUAGAAUUUUGUUUGGGUUUCCAUGGCAGGUUAAUGGAGAUGGAAACAUGGGUGGUGUGGACUCAGGAAGAGAAAGCUGGAAUGGAUUUGGGUCUUCUUGGCAUGGACUUGUUAACAGUACUCCUCUGAUGUAGUAUCUAGUUCUUCUUCAUGGUCUCAUGAAUGAAGUGUCUUGUGCUCUCUUACUAUAAUCUCUUUUUUCUUUUUUGGGUUCUUCUUUUUGUUCUUUUUUGUUCUUUGUCUCUGUUGUAAUGACUGAUAUACUAAUGGAUUCUCUGAUUUGUUUUCUAA